AUGCAGGAGACUUCCAAAGAGAUACCCGCGGGCUCUUUGCCUAGGUCAUUGGAUGUUAUUCUUCGUCAUGAGAUUGUGGAACAUGCAAGUGCCGGUGACACAGUGAUUUUUACUGGCACUGUAAUUGUCAUACCGGAUAUAUUGGCAUUGGCAUCCCCUGGUGAGAGAUCAGAAUUCCGCAGGGAAGCUUCUCAACGCAAGGGUUCUUCAUCUGGAAAUGAAGGUGUGAGGGGCCUUAGGGCUUUCGGAGUCAGAGACCUCACCUAUCGUCUGGCUUUUAUUGCCAACUCUGUUCAGGUUGGCUAUUUGUGUUUUAUUAUUGGUUUGUUAAAUUUUUAUGAUGUAACCUUAGCUGUGAUUGAUGUGUUUUCUGAAUGGUUUGUCCCAGAUUUGUGA